AAACCGGUGCAGUUACAGAGCAGAUCUGCUGCUGGCUGUGAGCUGUGUGUCAGAGGCUCCUCCAGCGCUCCCCUCUGGAGAACUUCAAAUCCCAGAGAUCUCAGUAUCAGUGAACCUGGAACCUGGGCUUGGUUAAAAUGGCAGCGCCGUCCAGGAACACUUGCGGGCUUACGGAGCGCUCUGUCCGGGAGCGGGUCCCGCCGCUGCUCAACGACCUCUACCAGUUCACCAUGGCGUACGCGUACUGGCGGGCCGGCCGGCACCAGGAGCCCGCCGUGUUCGAGCUCUUCUUCAGGGACAACCCCUUCGGCGGAGGUUUCUCGCUGUUCGCAGGUCUGCACGACUGUCUGCUGUUCCUGCGCAGCUUUCGCUUCUCGGACGAAGAUGUUGAGUUCCUGCGUUCGGUCCUACCUCCGGCCACCGACCCAGCCUUCUUCCAGUUCCUCCGAGGCCUCGACUGUUCGGGUGUAACAGUCCGCUCCGUCCCAGAGGGCACCGUGGUGUUUGCCAGGGUGCCUCUCAUGGAGGUGGCUGGUCCGCUGGCUGUGGUUCAACUGCUUGAGACCAGUUUACUAUGUCUCGUCAACUACGCUAGCCUGGUGUGCAGCAACGCCGCCCGUUUCCGCCUGGCUGCAGGCCCCAGGAGGAGGCUGCUGGAGAUGGGCCUGAGGAGGGCUCAGGGACCAGACGGAGGACUCACUGCCUCACGAUACACACACAUCGGAGGCUUUGAUCUCACCAGUAACGUUCAGGCUGGUUUUCUGUUUGGGAUCCCUGUCGCCGGGACCAUGGCACACUCAUACGUCACUUCCUUUAACUCCCUGGAGGAGGUGUGGCCACAAACCCUCGCAGCAGCGAACGGGGAUCCAGAGCCGGUCGAUGUCAUUUCUCUAACGAAAGGCUGGCUGAGUCGUGUGUGUGAGCUUCUGGGAGCAGAGCCUGAGAAGAUCCGGGAGGGCGAGUUGGCUGCUUUUUUGUCUUACGCCGUCGCUUAUCCCCAGAACUUCCUCCCUGUGAUUGACAGCUACAGUGUUGGCUGUAGCGGCCUGCUGAACUUCUGCGCUGUGGCUUUAACACUGUGUGAGCUGGGCCACAGGCCUGUAGGAGUUCGUCUGGACAGCGGGGACCUCUGCAAGCAGUCUGUCGAUGUCCGUCGUGUCUUCAGACUCUGCAGUGAGCAUUUUUCCAUCCCUGCUUUUGAUUCUCUGAUCAUCGUUGGGACAAACAACAUCUCAGAGCAAAGCCUGGCCGAACUGAACAAGAAGGAGAAUGAGAUCAGCAUGGUUGGUGUUGGAACACAUCUGGUGACUUGCACAAAACAACCGUCUCUGGGCUGUGUGUAUAAGCUGGUGGAGGUGAGAGGAAGGCCCAGGAUGAAGAUCAGUGAGGACCCGGAGAAAAGCACUGUUCCUGGGAGAAAAGCUGUCUACCGGCUAGUAGAUGCCGACGGCCAUCCGUUUCUGGACCUGCUGUGUCUGGCGGUGGAGCCUCCACCAGAGGCUGGACUCCCACUGAGCUGUUACCCUCUGGGGUGUGAUAACUCUGCUGUCUCCGUCACUCCAGCUCAGGUCACAUGUCUGCGUCAGGAAGUGUUCACCAAAGGACAGGUGACACAGCCUCUGUGCAGCACUGCAGAAACUAGAGCAAAGGUCCAGAGUUCCCUGCAGACUCUGCAUCCUCGACAUAAGAGGCUGCAGGAGCCAGACUCUUACACAGUGGCGCUGUCAGAGAAACUCCACAACUUGAUCACAGAGAUCCAAAGAGGCAGCAGCAACAACAGCAACUUUCUCUUAGCCAACUAAAGUUAUCCUGGGUUUUUUCUUGACAAGUGCCUCACAGUAAAAGAAGUGGAUGUGUUUGUAGAGCAGUGUCAACGCCCUGCUCUCCAAAUACAGGUAAUCACAGCUGUGUUGUGACCUGACUCUGUCAGAUCUACUAUCUGUAAAACGGAGUUAAAAUGGGAGUUUGGUAUGCUGGACAGCCCUACAGGAACAGUUAUAAAUAAUUAUGACAAAGUCUUUAUGAAAUCAAAUGUGUGUGCUUUUUUUAGCUGGAAGCUAAACAAAAAAACUGAAGCUGUACUGCUACAAAUCAAAAGAUACAAGUGCAACCCAAUUUUAUGCUGAAAUAUUUGAAUCUACGUACUAAUACUUAUCAAAACAUAAAUCAAAGUCUGUUAUGUUUCUUCUUUUUUACAGUAGUUUGAAUAAGUGCACUCAUUAGCUUUUUCUCAAGUUUUCAUUCACACCAUUGGGACCUUCUUGAGCAGAUGACAUGAAGAUGAGCCACAUGAAGUUAAUGCUCAGUUAAACUGUGAUCAGAGCAGUGAGAUGUUUAUGGAAACUGGAAAAUAUGAGCAGUAUCUGUAAACUUUGUAGUAAAACAGACUUAUAUGUAGGUAUGUGAACAUACCUCACAUAUACAUAUUUGAAAAAUUCCAAGAAUUUACAAAAUUGAUCCUUUUGAAAUUGCAGUGGCCAGUUUCGAAGCUGAGGAACUUUGCCCUUGCAGAAUUUUGUUCUUUUUCCUUCAUACUUGUCUUGGGGUGUUUUUUCUUUGUGAAUAGUGGUAAUUUUCUUAACUUCAGCUGCCUAAAUCAACACUUUAUAAAUUAACAUACAUGAAAUGAUUGAAGGUAGAGGAGAUUCUGAUGAACCCAUGGAGAAUAAUAAAGAUCUGUGACUUCUUUUAGCUUCCAGCAGCUACAGAGCCAGAGAUUUUCCUGAAUUGCUGGAGGAGACCAAAUCAGAGCUUAAAGGACUUAAAUUCAUCACCUUAAUGCAAACAUGAAUCCUAAUGAAUGAUAAUCUGACUCUGUAGCUGCUGGAUGUGUAAAUAAACAGUAACCACAAUAACACUAAUACGAUCACAUACAGUGCUGUGACAAUUAAUUAAUUUAAACCUAAAUUUCCUCCAGUAUUCUUUAUUUUGACCUUUUGUCCUGAAUAACAUGUAUUAAAUUUGCUCAUGACUUCACACUAUGUUCUUUUCUGCAGAUGUUUGUAUUAAAGAUUUUCUGCGAUGAA